AUUAAUUAAGAGAGAGAGAUAAGAUCAUUCAAUAUUCAAUUCUAGGAUGGAGCUUCCGAAGAACCUGCUGCCGGACGAGGCGAGCCCGGAGUGGAUGAACAAGGGCGACAACGCCUGGCAGCUCACGGCGGCGACGCUUGUCGGCCUGCAGAGCAUUCCGGGCCUAAUGCUCCUCUACGGCGGCAUGGUCAAGAAGAAAUGGGCCCUCAACUCCGCCUUCAUGGCCCUCUACGCCUUCGCCGCCGUCCUCGUCUGCUGGGUCGGCUGGGCCUUCCGCAUGUCCUUCGGCGACAAGCUCACCGCCUUCUGGGGCAAGCCGGCGGUAGCACUGGACGACAGGUUCCUGCUGGAGAAGGCGUUCCUGGGGUACUUUCCCACGGCCACGAUGGUGCUGUUUCAGUCGGUGUUCGCCGGGAUCACGCUGAUUCUGGUCGCCGGUGCGCUGCUGGGGAGAAUGAACUUUCGGGCAUGGAUGCUGUUUGUGCCGCUGUGGCUUACUUUUUCGUACACUGUGGGAGCGUACAGCGUGUGGAACCCAGAUGGCUGGCUGACCAAGCUCGGAGUUAUCGACUUCGCUGGCGGCUAUGUCAUCCAUCUCUCCUCCGGCGUCGCCGGGCUCACUGCAGCCUUCUGGGUGGGACCCAGAUCGGACAAGGACAGGGAGAGGUUCCCGCCGAACAACGUUCUGGUGACCCUUGCCGGCGCCGGUCUGCUGUGGAUGGGGUGGAGCGGAUUCAACGGCGGAGCUCCGUACGCCGCCAGCACCGUCGCCUCGCUUGCCGCUCUCAACACCCACGUCUGCACCGCCACCAGUUUGCUCACCUGGCUCGCCCUCGACACCUUCGUCUUCGGCAAGCCUUCCGUCAUCGGCGCCGUCCAGGGCAUCAUCACCGGACUCGUCUGCAUCACCCCCGGCGCCGGCGUCGUCCAAACCUGGGCCGCCAUUCUAAUGGGCAUGGCGUCGGGAAGCAUUCCAUGGUACACAAUGAUGGUGCUUCAGCCGAAGACGAGCUUGCUGAGGCGCGUAGACGACGCCAUGGGCAUGUUCCACACCCACGCCGUCGCCGGAAGCCUUGGCGGCGUUCUCACCGGAUUUCUGGCGGUGCCCAGGCUGAGCCGCCUCUUCUUCAUGGUCCCCGACUGGCAAAAAUACAUCGGCCUCGCCUACGCCCUCCAGACCGGACGCACUUCCGCCGGCUUCCGGCAGAUGGGGAUUCAGCUCGCCGGAAUCGCGUUCAUCGCGUGCCUCAACGUCGUCGCCACGAGCUUGAUAUGUUUGGUCGUAAAGUCGAUCGUCCCGCUGAGAGUGAGCGACGAGGAGCUGCAGAUCGGAGACGAGGAGAUUCACGGAGAGCAGGCGUAUGCGCUGUGGGCGGAUGGAUGGAGGUUUGCGAAUCCGAAGCGGAAUUCGGUUUAUGAUGCCGAAGAGUUCUCGUCAGUUGUGUUGAAGACUCCGAGUGAACUGCAAAUGGUGUGAUCUCCGGCCGGCGAUCAAGGAGGCUUGCAAUCAUGUCCGUAGAUCGAGCAGGGUGGUUUUAGCUUGGGUUGGGUUCUUGAUCACCUUGCAAUGUAAUCUUCCAUAUUUCAAUCGAUAGAAUAUAUAUAUAUA